ACCAGCCUGGACAGCCAAAGGGGUCUGUGUGUGGCCGGGGAGGAUGGCGGGGGAGUGAGCCCCAUGGAACAGCCAGGAACUGAUAAAAGAUGAGGGGACAAAGACAGUGUGUGUCUGGGAAGCUGGGCUGAGAGGAGGAGGUGCCGCGGCCCGGGGGUACUCCGAUGCUUCCGGGGAUUCCGAGCCAGCGGGAGGAUCGCACGUGGGGAACGGCGGGCGCGGCGCGUAGUCAGGGAACCAGGGUGCCUGACUGGGUGUCGCGUGGAGCCAUCCCCCGGGGGUGUGGGGGGCCCACGGUGCCGGAAGGCGCGCAAGCCCAGAGACCGUCUGCGCCAAACGCCUGCUCCUCGCCUUCCUAACCGCAGCACUUUCGCGAGCCUCCCCACGAGGGGCGGGGCGAAACAGCAGCCAGCCCCGUGUCCGGCAGUAUGUUCAGCUGGGUGAGCAAGGAUGCCCGCCGCAAGAAGGAGCCGGAGCUCUUCCAGACGGUGGCUGAGGGACUGCGGCAGCUGUACGCGCAGAAGCUGUUGCCCCUGGAGGAGCACUACCGCUUCCACGAGUUCCACUCGCCCGCGCUGGAGGACGCUGACUUCGACAACAAGCCCAUGGUGCUCCUCGUGGGGCAGUACAGCACGGGCAAGACCACCUUCAUCCGACACCUGAUCGAGCAGGACUUCCCGGGGAUGCGCAUCGGGCCCGAGCCCACCACCGACUCCUUCAUCGCCGUCAUGCACGGCCCCACUGAGGGCGUGGUGCCGGGCAACGCACUCGUGGUGGACCCGCGGCGCCCCUUCCGCAAGCUCAACGCCUUUGGCAACGCCUUCCUCAACAGGUUCAUGUGUGCCCAGCUGCCCAACCCCGUCCUGGACAGCAUCAGCAUCAUCGACACCCCAGGGAUCUUGUCUGGAGAGAAGCAGCGGAUCAGCAGAGGCUAUGACUUUGCAGCCGUCCUGGAGUGGUUCGCCGAGCGUGUGGACCGCAUCAUUCUGCUCUUCGACGCCCACAAGCUGGACAUCUCUGAUGAGUUUUCGGAAGUGAUCAAGGCUCUGAAGAAUCAUGAGGACAAGAUCCGCGUGGUGCUGAACAAGGCAGACCAGAUCGAGACGCAGCAGCUGAUGCGGGUGUACGGGGCCCUCAUGUGGUCCCUGGGCAAGAUCAUCAAUACCCCCGAGGUGGUCAGGGUCUACAUUGGCUCCUUCUGGUCCCACCCGCUCCUCAUUCCUGACAACCGCAAACUCUUCGAGGCCGAGGAGCAGGACCUCUUCAAGGACAUCCAGUCUCUGCCCCGAAACGCAGCCCUCAGGAAGCUCAAUGAUCUGAUCAAGCGGGCGCGGCUGGCCAAGGUUCAUGCCUACAUCAUCAGCUCCCUCAAGAAGGAGAUGCCCAAUGUCUUUGGUAAAGAGAGCAAAAAGAAAGAGCUGGUGAACAACCUGGGAGAGAUCUACCAGAAGAUUGAGCGUGAGCACCAGAUCUCCCCUGGGGACUUCCCGAGCCUCCGCAAGAUGCAGGAACUCCUGCAGACCCAGGACUUCAGCAAGUUCCAGGCCCUGAAGCCCAAGCUGCUGGACACGGUGGACGACAUGCUGGCUAACGACAUCGCGCGGCUGAUGGUGAUGGUGCGGCAGGAGGAGUCCCUGAUGCCUUCCCAGGUGGUCAAGGGCGGCGCCUUUGACGGCACCAUGAAUGGGCCGUUCGGUCACGGCUAUGGCGAGGGGGCCGGCGAGGGCAUCGACGACGUGGAGUGGGUGGUGGGCAAGGACAAGCCCACCUACGACGAGAUCUUCUACACGCUGUCCCCUGUCAACGGCAAGAUCACGGGCGCCAACGCCAAGAAGGAGAUGGUGAAGUCCAAGCUCCCCAACACCGUGCUAGGGAAGAUCUGGAAGCUGGCCGACGUGGACAAGGACGGGCUGCUGGACGAUGAGGAGUUCGCACUGGCCAACCACCUCAUCAAGGUCAAGCUGGAGGGCCACGAGCUGCCUGCCGACCUGCCCCCGCACCUGGUGCCGCCCUCCAAGCGCAGGCAUGAGUGAUGGCGCCCGGCCCUGCACCUGCCAUCUGCAUGCCCGGCCGGGAGGCAGAGACAGGGGUAGGGGAAGGCUCACCAUUUCUCAAGGUCCAUAAAGACUGAGUGGAUGUUUCCUCGCCUCUCGAAAAGGAAAACACCAUCUUUCUUUUAAGGCUGUUCCUGGGCCUGGCGGGGGAGGCAGGGGUGAGAUGAUGGAAUUUUGUGCACAAGAACUAUGGCUAUUUUAAUAUCUAACGUUAGAGGCAGCGUUCUUUGUCGCCGCCUCCCCUGUGUGACAGCCCUGUGUGCACGGCCUCUGCCCCCCGGCCUUUGCUCUGGCUGGAGCUGGACAGUGCAGCGACUGCGACCGCGGGGGAGCCAGGUCGCCCUUUUUGCAGGCUGGGGCUGCAUGGACAGGAACACCAGGCACCCUCCGUUUGCUUCUGAGCUGAGGUUGCUUCACAGGGCCGUAGCUUCCUUCCUCACCCGGCUCUGCCUCCCCUGUGCUCUCGGGCGAAGUGGGUUCUUGUGCCUUCCCCUCCUGGGUCCAGGCUCCCCGUGCGCGGGCCCUGCCCUUUUCCUCCCGCGCCCCACCGGCUCCGACGUGCCACCCCGCUCAGCAGUCACAGAAGCAGGGCCCAGCCACCUUGGUCUUUUUUGGGGGGUUCAGGGGAGUAGGAGAAUGUCUUCCAGAAAAAUACAUAAGCUAGUUUCUGUUCUGUAAAGUGACAUCUCUCAUACUUGACCAAAUUUCCCAGUAACUUCCCAACCACUGUUCAAAAGCUGUGAUUUUUCUCUCCCCUUCCCACCCUCCAGCCAAGGGGCAGCCCUGCCCAGGGGGCAUUAGAUGUGGGUACCCGGGGAGCACCCCGUUCCUGGACCCCAGCGUUGCGUUUCCUGGCUGAGGAAGGGUGGUCAUCCCAGCUCCUGCCCUACCCUCUCACUUAACUGGAGCUUUGGGACGCAUCCUCCACAGUGGGAGGUGGGUGGUGGGUGGGGGUGGCGGGGCCUCAGGACAGCUUGGUGCUGGUAAGAGGAAGCCCAUGGUUCUGGCUAGGCUCUCAUGUCCAGACAGCGGGGACCAGGGGAAAACGCAGCCCCUUCUCCUGUAAUCCCCCCUUCAUUUCCUACCUUCCUUCCUCUGUUUAGCAAAGGAGGGCAGCUCAUUUGGAUGUCCUUACAAUGCCCCUGGCCCCAGGCUGAGCAAUAAGAAACCGGAGCCUUGCGGCCCAGUGGCCUGGGCCAGUUCAGGCCGCCUCCCCCUCCUCUGCCUGGGGCCAUUGAGCCCAGCCUCCAGGACCCGGGCGCACUCGCAGGCCAGUGGCCACUGUCCGGGCUGUGAUAGUACCAAGGCAGGUGGAGCACCGGGUGCCACACAGCUGGGCUUCCCACCAGGCUCUCCUCGCGGGGGUCUCAGGGAGCUUCUCCCCAGCGCUGCUCGGAGUCUGCAGGAACUGGCCUUGUUCUCCCUAGCCCGUCACUCCAUACAGUAUUAGGUGAGGAUGGAUGCGGGCGCUGUCCUUGCUGGGAAGUCACUGUUGAAGUUGCAGUGGCUUGUUCACGCCUGUGGGAAGAGAAGUGAAGACUUUCUCCUUGCAUUAAAAAGUCUGAACUGUGC